GUGCCUCCCCACCGUCAUUCGCAAACGAGGAGAGGAGGAUACUAGAGCUCACGGCGGUGUUAAGAAUCGAGACUAAAACACUUCUCGCUUGGACUAUUUUCUUCCUUUGUUGAGGAAUAUGCUCUGACACUGUGCUGGUUGCUGGGAUUACCUGGAACACAUUUAAUUCGACGGGAAAACGUGCGUUUCCGCCUUUAACAUAUUAUCGAGGAGAACAAUGAAACGGCAAGUACUGUUUUUCAUCUCGGUGCUUUUCGUCGGUCCUGCGCUCGGCCAGGUCACCUACUCCAUCAACGAGGAACUGCCAGUGGGUUCCCUGGUCGGGAAUGUAGCGGACGAUUUGGGUUUAGACGUGGAGAGACUUAAAUCACGUAAUGCCCGUGUCUACUUCGGUGAUGGCAGAGAAUACAUUGAGCUGAAUAAAGCCAGGGGAGUCCUCCUCGUCAGAGAGAGAAUAGACAGAGAAACGCUCUGCGGACAGACGACGCCUUGUGCUCUGCACUUUCAAAUUAUCUUAGACAAACCCAUUGAAUUUUACAGGAUAAUCGUUGAGAUCGUAGACAUUAAUGAUAAUCCCCCCGCCUUUGAGAGAGGUGAUAUUAAAUUUAAAAUAAGCGAGUCUGCUGUUACCGGAUCGAAGUUUGAUUUGGAAGGGGCGGUGGACUUGGAUGUUGGAAUCAAUGGUCUGCAAACCUACCGCCUGGAACAGACUGAUAAUUUUGAUCUUAAACUGCACAGUCAAGCAGACGGCUCCAGGAAUGUGGAGAUGAUUUUGAAACAACCUCUCGACAGAGAGAAAAAUGAGCACUUGUCUCUAAUAUUGACCGCUGUGGAUGGAGGAGAACCACGCAUGUCCGGGACAAUGCAGAUUAUUAUUACCGUGUUAGAUGCCAAUGAUAACGCACCCGUUUUCACAAAGCCCAUAUACAAAGCUACCGUUGCAGAAAAUUCACCAAAAGGCACAAUCGUGACUACAGUCAGUGCAUCAGAUGCCGAUCACGGAUCGAAUGGAAUAAUAACGUAUUCCAUCAGAAACACUUUAGAUCACGUCAGAGCUUUGUUCGAAGUAAACGAACGCACCGGCGAGGUUAGAUUGAUUGGAAAUAUUGACUAUGAAAAAUCACGAAAUUAUCAAAUAAAUCUACGUGCAAGUGACGAGGGAGGGCUGACAGACACAUGCAAAGUAAUCGUCGACAUUUUAGAUGUGAACGAUAAUACCCCGCUGAUAGAUGUAAUGUCUAAAACAAACGUGAUAUCUGAAGAUAUCAAAAGCCACACUGUUGUAACGAUAAUUAACAUCCAGGACUUAGACGACGGAGAGAAUGGCAAAGUUAAAUGUACAAUAAAUGAAAAUAUUCCGUUCUUAUUGAAGUCGACUGAAAAUAAUUUCUACAGCUUAGUGACAGACAGUGAGUUGGACCGAGAGAGAGCCUCUGAGUAUAAUAUAACAGUGACGUGCUCUGAUGAGGGAGUGCCCUCCCUCUCCAGCAGCGUCACUCUCACCUUACAGAUCUCUGAUGUGAAUGACAACGCGCCUGUCUUUGAGAGCAGCUCAUAUGAGGCCUACAUUGUAGAGAACAACACACCAGGUCUCUCGAUAUUCACAGUGAAAGCCAAAGACGCUGACUGGAACCAGAAUGCCCGAGUUUCUUACAUACUGGAGGACUCCUCUGUUAACGGAGUGCCAGUCUCCUCAUACGUGUCGGUUAGUGCUGAUAGUGGAGUCAUCCAUGCAGUGCGCUCUUUUGACUACGAGCAGAUCAAAGAUUUCCAGUUCCGGGUCAAAGCUCAGGAUGGAGGCUCUCCUCCUCUCAGUAGUAACGUGACAGUGAAAGUACUGAUCCAGGACCAGAACGACAACCCCCCUCAGGUCCUGUACCCAGUCCAGACUGGUGGCUCUCUGGUGGCUGAGAUGGUGCCUCGUUCAGCAGAUGUGGGCUAUCUGGUCACUAAAGUGGUGGCUGUUGAUGUGGACUCUGGACAGAAUGCCUGGCUCUCCUACAAACUGCAGAGAGCCACCGACAGGGCGCUGUUUGAAGUGGGCUCACAGAAUGGAGAAAUCAGAACGAUCCGUCAAGUGACUGAUAAAGAUGCAGUGAAACAGAGACUGACUGUGAUAGUGGAGGACAACGGGCAGCCCUCUCGUUCAGCUACAGUCGUUGUUAACGUGGCGGUGGCGGACAGCUUCCCUGAAGUGCUGUCGGAGUUCACUGACUUUACUCACGACAAGGAGUACAACGACAACCUGACUUUUUACUUAGUGUUGGCUCUGGCUGUAGUCUCCUUCCUCUUCAUCACGUGUCUAGUGGUUAUUAUCUCAGUGAAGAUCUACAGGUGGAGACAGUCUCGCGUCCUGUAUCACUCCAAUCUCCCUGUGAUUCCAUAUUAUCCACCACGUUACUCGGACACUUUGGGGACAGGGACUCUCCAACACGUGUACAACUACGAGGUGUGCAGGACGACUGACUCCAGAAAGAGUGACUGUAAGUUCGGCAGAGCUGGUAGUCAGAACGUGCUGAUCAUGGAGCCCAGUUCUACAGGGACGAUGCAGAGGAUGCAGAGUGAAAAGAGCAUCCUGGAUGAACCUGACUCUCCUCUAGAGGUUAGACUUAGAGCUUCACUGCUCAAACCCAUGUUUGUUUUUUAAUUAUCUUUCAGUGAUGUCAUUCGCAAGGUAUACUUUUCAGUACCUUGGACAGCGAAUUAAGAGUUUUUAUUGUCCUCUCUCUCUGUCUC